AAAGGUCAGAGGUCAAAUAACAAUGCUAGACCACUGUUGGACAGAUGAUGAGUUCUUAAUGAAUACUGUUCCAUUUAUGGAUAUAAACCAUGCAUGAGAGAAACAGUCCUAUUGAUAAAUAUAAUACAUGGCGGACAGUAAACAGCUGAUCUUUCGUAUCAACGACAAUGGCGUUGGACCAGAGAUUGUCCGUCAUGUUUUUCUGGAAAGAGGCUGGAUAGAGUUUGACGAGGAUCAGCAUUGUGAUUAUGAAUGGAACUUUUGGUGGAAAACAUCCCGAUUUCGACAAUCGGAUUACGACCAGUUGAUGUCAUGGCAACGAAUAAAUCACUACCCAAAGACAUCAAUAAUCACCAGAAAAGACAGCUUAGCCCGGAAUCUCAAGCGUAUGAAAUGUGUGUAUGGCGCUGGUGCAUUUAACUUUAGCCCAAAUGCGUUUAAUUUACCAAAUGACUAUAAAAAAUUUGUCGGGGAAUAUGCCAAACUUAAAGAGAAAAAUCCAGACGAGGAAUUAUAUUGGAUUUGUAAACCAGCUGAUAUGUCUCGAGGUCGGGGAAUAUUUAUAUUCCAGGAACUAAAUGAAUUGCAAUAUGAUUGUAGCGCAGUGGUACAGAAAUACAUCCCAGAUCCCUUGUUGAUAUCAGGAUACAAGUUUGAUUUAAGACUUUAUGUGGGAGUACCAAGCUUUCAACCGCUGUACGUGUAUAUUUACCAGGAAGGCCUAUGUAGAUUCAGCACUGAAAAAUAUGACCUCACAACACUUCAUAAUCAAUAUUCUCACCUCACAAACACGUCUAUCAAUAAACAUGGUCCUUCUUACAGUGCGGAAAAAGAGCGAAUAGGUCCAGGAUGUAAAUGGACGUUAACCCAGUUACGUUACUAUUUUAGACAAUGUCAUAUUGAUGACCGGGUGCUAUGGCAACAAAUUGUCAACAUCAUAAUAUUGACCCUAGUUACCCAGGCCUCUGAGAUCCCAAAAGUGAACAACUGUUAUGAACUUUAUGGCUUUGACAUCCUGGUGGAUGAAAGUCUCAAGCCAUGGCUACUGGAGGUUAACUUUAGCCCUGCGAUGAGCACAGACUCCCCCGUUGAUCUCCUCGUCAAAAAGCCUCUGUUGCAUGACCUUAUAGAAAUGUGCAACUACAAACCUGGGGAUGUUGAACGAGGUGGAAAUAAUUUUAAACAGAGACAGUUGAGGAAAGCUUAUGCUAGCCCUAUGGUGUCGGGUCGUUCUUCAACCUUAAGUCAACCUGGAAGGUGGUCGAGUAAUAGUAAUCGCCUACCUGAUAUAAAACCUAGGAUUUACAACUCUAGCCCAAGAUUACUCUCAAGGGGUAAACUGCGCACCCCGCUGAAGAGUCGUAAAGGGGAUAAAGCUACAGGUGGUGAGGAAGAAGGGACAGAUGAUGCGGAGAGUGAGGAGGAUGGACCCGUGCCCCUGGUGCCUGGCUGUGGCUUACCCUCUGUCCAACAACCUAUGGAAGAAUUCUCAAAUCAGCGUUACUCAAGCUCAAGUUCUGGACGUUCAAGCUCAAGUAGUAGCUCUCCUCCCGGUCACCAUGGCUCCCUCAAUAGGCCAGACAAAGACAUUAGAUCACCAGGCCUUAAUAAGAUUAAGGAGUGCCAAAUUUCUUCCAAAAAACGCAAUAAUUCAAAGACAUCUCUUUGUUCAGUUGAUAGUGCUUUCUCAAGUGACAACUCAGAAUCGUUAACUGUAGCAAAGGGGAAUAAAUCUAGUAAAAGGAUGCCAACUUUAAGAUCCAAAAGCUCAAAGUUUUCCAGCUCUAUGCAAAGAGACCAUGAAAGUGUGAAAGGGAUGGGUCGAAGUUUACCUAGGAUGAUAUCAGAUGACACUCAGUAUACAGUUGAAGGACAUUCUAAGCCAGUUCAUAAACCAACGACUACCAAAACAGGAAGUCAACGAUCUUCGUCACGUCAACAUGACUCUUCCCGUUCACAGCGCUCUGGUGUUGCUUUCACUGCUAAUCCCAUUGCGACAAAAUCGUUUAUGUCAAAUCGAGUGCAUUCUCAUGGUGAAGUACACAAAACUGAGGCCAGGGACCAGGUGUCACCAAAAUCGAAGGGCCCGCCUCAAAAAAUUGGUGGUUUCUUCCUGACUUACCCAUUUAAUGAAAUGUCAAGAAAAUCAGGUGCUAAUAUUGAUAUCAAAAUGGUUAUAAGGGAAUGUCAGCGUUUGCUGAAGUUAAAACGACAGGAAUUGAAUAAUGAGAGGACGAAAAAAACCUCUUAUGUGGGGCGGGAUGAGACCCCUGAGGUGCAAGAAAUGUAUGAAGGACUUCUUAGACAAACAUCAUCCUUAUGGGGACCUGUGAAAACGCCUGAACCUGAAUGAUACACAGCAUGUACAU